AUCAGUUUUCGUACUGUGGUUUGCUGUGGUUGUAUUCUUGCUUAUCAUCAAAAUUAUUCUAGUUUCUACUUUAUAGUUAUUCUACGUAUAUAUAUACAUUAAUAUAGCUGCGCUAGUACUUCGUAAUAUAUUAGUUUGAUAUUUAACCUAUUUGAGACUGAGUAUCAUUAUGUCUUAUCAGUAUAUCUAUAUCAAGAGUAAUUAUUUUAUUCAUUGGCAGUGAGUGAGGCACUACUAUUCUUUCCAUUCCUUUGAUAAUCUUUUUAGUUAAAGUGGAUAACCACAAACUUAAAAAAAAAUAAGAAUUUAAUAUUAUCGUCUUUCGUUUUAGUUUCAUGCAAAUGGAACUUAAUAACACGAAGCGGAAGUUUAUUUAAUUUUUUGUUAGAUGUUUCACGCGCAGUUUUGAAGUACCUACGCAUUUUAUCCUCACAUUUUAUUGCUUAUUCUGUAAUCCCGUCAGAAAUAUAAUUAUUUAAAAUAAAAUAUAACCUUAGGUAAGUAAAUCCUUGGAUUAGACAUCACAAUUUAUAAUGAAACCAAAACUAAUUAUGAAGCUCAGUGUGUAGAACAUGAAUAUGGGUUCAGUGGUGCAGAAAAUCCCUCUUCAUAAACUUCUACAUAGAUCGUAUUUAUCUCAUUGAAAUAAAUAUUCGUGUAAAAUAUGAAAUAAAUGAGAAAUUUUUACAAACCCAACUACAAAACCUGAUCUUAUAAAAGACAUUUUAAUCCUUUUAAAAAUUUAAUAUAUUUAAUUAAAACUUUAAUAUGUAACUCAGCUUUUGUUAUAGAGAUUUUAGGAAUAUUGCUAAUAAUUAAUUAAAAAUCUAUAAUAUAUGUUCAAUCCUGUAAAAUUUCCAAGUUUUGUGAAUUUUUAAACUCAAACAGUCAAUGCUCUUUGACUUUCAGAUGUGAAAAUAUUUUUUAAAAGCAGCUAUAUAAUGGAACAUCCUUCUGGAUCUUCGAGAAGCUUUAAAAGUGGACUAAUUGACUUUACAGCUGGAUCACUAGGUGGUGUAGCAGUGGUAUAUGUAGGUCAACCAUUAGACACAGUAAAGGUUAAGAUGCAAACGUUUCCACAACUAUAUAAGGGGAUGUUUGACUGUUUAAAACAAACGCUAAGAAAUGACGGAAUAAUCAGGGGACUAUAUGCAGGCACCACCCCAGCCAUAAUGGCCAAUGUAGCUGAGAAUUCAGUGCUUUUUGCAGCAUAUGGCUAUUGUCAAAAGUUCAUUUGUCAAGUUACUGGUACUGAGGUAAUUAUUUCUUUUUGAAAGGCAAUAAGAUGAUGAGUGAAUGAAAGAGAAUUCAGAGCUACAUCAUAGAGCCAUAGUAGCUCAGAGGCUUUUUACUAACUUAAAUUUUACAGUAUGAAAGUACCCUGACUUGAGACUAUAAGUAGGUGCAACUAAAACUUUUAAACACAAAGCACUUAUUGUCCACAUAAUCAAUGGCCAUCAACACAAAGCUUGGCAGUGCCGAGUAAUUAUUAAAAAUAUUUUGUAAUCAUAUCUAUAAUGUCUGCCUACAUUUAUUGUUGAAGUACAGUGAACACAAAAGCCUAAUAGUUGAAUGUAUUUAAACUGUUAAUUUACAUUUAUAAUGAAACUAAUAUGUAUAAUUUGGUACUUAUUUCUUUGUAUUAUGUUUUAGAACAUAGAGCAGCUUUCAACAGUGGGUAAUGCUACAGCAGGUUUCCUGGCAGCGUUUUUUUCAUCCUUCACACUUUGUCCAACGGAAUUGAUUAAGUGCCAACUUCAAGCUAUGAGAGAAGUCAAUGUGCAGGGCUCACAAACAGCUGUAUGAUGACUUUUGGGUAUUUCAUUGAGAAUAUUACAUAAAUUUUUAAAAAUACUUAUUAAUAAUUAGUAUAGUGCAGUUACUGUGAUACAAUUUUAAUAGUAUUUGUACUAUGUGGGCAUUCAGAAAAUUUUGCGAAACUGAAAUAAUUCUAUGUGUUAACGUUUUUAUUAUUAAAUCUAUACAAAGAACACACACUAUACAAAAUUUCAUGUUUCCACAGUCACUUAUUCUAGCAUCUGCUAGAAUGAUGCUAGCACAUCUGCCGACUGUAUCCCUUUCAGCUGAUCUUUAUAUUUCCUAGGAAAUAAAAAGAAGUCUGCUGAAUCUGUUCAUACCUAAUUCGCCUAUUCUCUUCAUUUAUUUUUUACUACUAACUAGCUAGCACGUUUUCUUUCGCAACAGUUUCGUUUUAUCACCAGUACACAGUUGCUUUACAAGGGCUUUUAUCUAUAAAUGCCAUUUGAAAUCCAUUUAUCUAUAUCGCUCAGUUUAGGCGACAUUUGAAAUCGUUAAAAAAUAUCGUGCGUAAAUAUCUCGGAGAUCUGUCUGCCAGAAAGAGCCAACUGUCGAAGCUGAAGACCGAAUGUGGCAGCAUCGUUUCCGGGAUGCCGGAGAUUUUGAGUGAGUGAGAUUGAGAGGUUCUAUGGGCAGUUGUAGGUACACGUCAACUCUCUCGGGAAGAACUACAUACCGAUUUUCCUUCUGACCCGCGUCCACGUGCUGUUUCCGAGAGGCAUUACGAAUCUUCUCGCACGCAGACUUGACGACUUCUAGCCUCGCGAACAAGUCGGUUUCCGAAAAAGCUUUAGCACCAUAGACUAUAUACAUACCCUUCGGCAAAUUGUACAGAAGACCGAAGAGUACAAUCUGCUACUUAGUCUUGCGUAUGUGGACUAUGAGAAAGCCUUUGAUUCCAUCGAAAUUUGGGUGGUUCUGCAGUCCUUGCAGCGGUGCCAAGUGGACUGUCGGUAUAUCGAAGUGCUGAAGUGUUUGUACAGUAGGGCUACAACGGCUAUCAGAGUAGAGAACCAACUGCAGAGAGGUGUAAGACAGGGUGACGUUAUAUCACCGAAACUCUUCACCGCUGCAUUGGAAGACGUUUUCAUGUUUCUGGACUAGUAAGGAUACGAUAUUAACAUCAACGGCGAGUACAUCACUCACCUUCAAUUUGCCGACGAUAUAGUCCUUAUAGCAGAAUCGCUGGAGGACCUAAGCACUAUGCUCAAUGACCUCAAUAGUGCCUCCCAACUGAUAGGUCUUAAGAUAAACAUGGAUAAAACAAAGAUCAUGUUUAGCGUCCAUGUCACACCUAUGCCGGUAGUUCUUGGGAGCACUAAGCUCGAAGUUAUUGACCUGGGACAAAUAGUCCGACUACGUAAGUCCAACUUCGACCGAGAGGUCAGUCGACGGAUUCAACUCGGCUGGGCAGCGUUAGGUAAAUUACGGCACAUAUUCUCGUCAGAUAUACCUUGAAAACGAGACUGUACAACCAGUGUGUUGUCAGUGAUGACCUAUGAAUCUGAGACGUGGUCCUUCACUGCUAGCCGUAUGAGGAUGCUCAAAGUCGCUCAGCGAGCUAUGGAGAGGGCUAUGCUCGGCGUUUCUCUGCGCGGUAGACUUAAAAACGAGGAUAUCCGCAGUAGAACCAAAGUAACUGACAAAGCCCAAAGAAUUAGUAUGUUGAAGUGGCAAUGGGCCGGCUAUAUAGCUCGAAGAACCGACAACCGAUGGGGAAGAAAGGUUAUCGAGUGGCAGCCUCGUACCGGCAGACGAAGUGUAAGGCGUCCCCCCACUAGAUGGAGUGACGAUCUGGUAAGACAUGCAAGAAGUCAAUGGAUGCAGGUGGCUCCGGACUGUGCUUUGUGGCAAUCCUUGGGGGAGACCUUUGUUCAGUAGUGAACUUGUGAAGGGCUGUAAUGAUGAUGAAAUAUUCUUGAUGCAGGUCAUUGAUAAAAACAAAAAAAGAUAUGGUACUCCUGAAUAGGGUUGUGACGCGUCCGAAUAAAGCCAGACAUAGGAUUUUUGGAUACAGGUCCAACCAAAUUGGACGGUUUCCCGCCUGUCCGGCUUUUGUUAGGCUUCUACAUUUUACCAGAGCACACUGGCUCGAGUGAUCCAUGUCAUGGCUUAAAGAAUAUUUCAUUCGGUAUAAUUAUUUAUUGCUUACAGUAAUAUAAUUAUUUAUUUACAGUAACAUGUAUUUUAUUUUAUUGAGCUUCUGCAAAGUAACGCCUGAUUCUAUUAAUUAUCAUUCUUCAUUUGUCCAAAUAUAUUAUAAGCCAAUUUCUAAUAUGGAAACUGUUUCGAUUGUGUCUACCAGCAUGUUUCAGAGUAUGUUGAAAAUCGUUGUGUCAUUGGAUUCAACCACAUCAUGAUUUAUUCUGUUAUCUACUGGAUAUUGAGGGCAAGAUGUUGUAAAUCAAUGUCUUUAAUUUUAGAUAAAAGUGACGCCACUGCAGCUCUCGCAACAAAUAUUCAAACAAUAUGGAAUACAAGGCCUAUUUAGAGGCCUAGUACCGACAAUAAUGAGAGAAAUGCCGGGAUAUUUUUUCUUUUUCGGUGGAUAUGAAGGGACUAGGGCAUUAUUAGCAAAACCAGGCCAAGCGAAAGAAGAUAUUGGUUUUCUAAAGACAAUGGUUGCUGGGGCCGUUGGGGGCUGCGUCUUGUGGACUGUUAUUUUCCCCACCGACGUAAUUAAAUCUCGUGUUCAAAUAUCGAACAAAAAACAAAAAUUUCUUACUGUCGGAUAUGAAAUAGUGAAAAAUGAAGGUAGGUGCGGUUUUACCUAUAUACAAAAGGAUUGUACUAGUCACGAUAAUAUAUAGUAUAUAUAUUACAUAUAUUAAUUGCAUUAUACUUAAACAAUUAUACACGACAUAUCUUACGCAUUAUCGAUUUAAAUACAAGCGCUGCUGUUGUGUUUUGUAUGGUGAGUGUAGAGAACCGUAGACGAAGCAUUCCAUCUUAGUUAUCAAGAAAAGUCACCUCAAUGGUGACAAUUCAUCUGCAUUAUGAUUCUUAAUUUAGGAUAAAUGUAGAUGUCUACGGGCCACAGCAUCCACUUACCAUCAGGUGGACUGUGUGCGUUUAUCACCUUUAUUAUAUAAAUUACGACUUCAAUGACGAUUAUAGUAAGAGGCGACAAAGAGAAAUUGAACCACGAGGUGGGCAGUAUCACCUUGAUAACAGCAUAAUAAAUAAAUUGCGGUUGCCAACCCGCUUGCCAAGCGUGGCAACUACGAGUAUGACAUCCCGAGAGGACAACCUUCUGUACUAAGGAGGUGUCGGAUUUCUCGUCCACAAGACUCGUUAACAACGUUCGUAUUUUCAUAUCAUCGAGGGUUGCGUACUUUAUACUUAGAAUUAUUAGUGUUCGAUGAAGGUCAUACAGGUAUACUCAUCAACCUCUGCACACCUCGAUGAGGAGGUGGAAGCGAUGUAUGAGGAUAUCUCAAGAGUCAUACGUUCCUCUGAAACUCGUUAAAAUGAAUAUAAUAUAAUAAAAUUUAAAAUUUACCAAGGCUAGCACGUUAAACAUCUCAGAUUGCAGCAUCUAUAAUUGGAGGGGAGGCAAUUAUAGGUGCUGCAACGUAGCAGAAUUGUCGGGGAUAUAAAAUAAUUUAAAGUAAAGAGUACUUGAUAAAAUCCGUAAAACUAGUUGCAUUCAAAGUGUAGUAUUCACGUAAAUAUAAAAAUUAAGAUGUUAAUCUUUAAACGUACAUAGUUAUCUAAACGUAAAUCUUUUUUCCAGGUGUUUUGGCUCUUUACAACGGCCUAAAGCCAACUCUAAUAAGGACUAUACCCGCCACAGCUGCUUUAUUCGUAGUGUACGAAUAUUCGAAGAAAAUUAUGCACCAAGCGUUUGGAGAUUAAUUGGUCUAAAUUAAUUAUUUGACAUACUUUUUAUAUAUUAUAUAAACUUGUUAGUUGGACAAUACCAGUAACUUUUCCUUUAGCAUUUUUCAUGAGCAUUUAAUGAGAAGUUAACAAAUUGCCUGAAAUAUAUAAUAAUAUUGUUAUUUAUAUUAUUAAUUACAUUUGUUUAACUUCUGUUAAUAAAUAAUAAGUUUG